AUGCAUGAACAUCGUGUUCACAUUAAUCCCGAUAGACGUGUGUCAACGCAUCACAUAAUCGACUAUAUGUCACGCGAAAACCUGUCGAAUGCGCUCAACACGGCCGCGGCAACAGUGCACGUGCCCGCACACGACAUUGAUGGCGACGAUAUUCUCGAGAACCUGAAAGGCUGUGAGAAACGAACUAUCACCUUUUAUGAUGAAAACCUCCCCAUAUACGUCAUGGUACGGAGCCCAAGGGCAACCGAGGCGCCCAAACAGACCCAUCUGGACAUACCUACGGGAUCGCCACCGCUACUCGAACACUCGGGACCUCAAUCGCUAGAAGCAUUCAAAGAGGCAGUUGAACAUCUGUCUCUGGAAGUAGAGACACAUGUGACCGGAAACGAGACGAAACCCGAGCCCAGAGCUCGGUCAUUUCUGCUCUAUUCGGGAAUCGUCAAAGCGGAAGAUAUUGUGUUUCUGGGCGAGGACAAGGAGGAGCAUUUCUGCUGUGUGUGGAAAUCCCAUGCAUUGCUGGAGCACCCACGAAGCAGACUCCAACAGGCCAAAAUCAAACUCACAAUCAACAGUACUCUAGUCCCCGAGGCAGAGGCCCCCAAAGAUACAAGUGCAUCGACCUCGACGGCCAAGGACGCUAGCCAAGAGAUUCUCAAGCCAUUCGGGUACGCUGUUGAACAAAACAUCUUCGAAACGCUUCAAGAUGGUAUCAGCAUUCCUCAUUCGAGAAUGGUGGGCGAUGAUGAAGCCACUAAAUCGGCAAAAUCACCUCCUAUGAAAAACUCCAACCCGUCUUUGCCUCGCUCUGGACAUGCUAGAGGUCUUUCAAUCGAAGCUCUGCAAUCUCACGACCUGCUUAACCUCUACGCAAUGGUGGAAAUCUCAAUAAUUCCCUGCAUCAAUCUCCGACUGAGAACCACCAAGUCUGCAGGUGUAGACAACGCUUUGAUUGUGUCUCUGGAGCUGGAAUGCAAUGGUGAGCUUGAAACAUGGAUCCACAAAAUAUCCGUGUCUCUGCCAUCGUGCGAUUGUGCAUCUUUCGGUCAGGUCAACCUGCCCCUCAAAUUUUCGCCCGGAGAUUCGUUCGUCAUGGCUUACAAGUUGACAGACUCGGAAAACAUGACUAAGAGCGGUAUGCAGCACUCUGGCAAGAGACCCAUUUCAAUCUGUCUAGACUCUGAGGCCGUUAUUGAAAAGGACGCCAAGGCUAACCCUCGAGUGACCACUUCAUGGAACACCCAAGUUGACUUCAGCAUAGCUUCUCCUCCUGGAGCUUCACUGCUCAGAAGUAACUCUGCCAGUAUCAGUAACGGAAGCAAGAACAUGCCCCCUUCUCUGGUCUCGCAGCCCUAUCUCAAGGGAAACACCUCUUCCAUAACUGUCAAUGUCCCUCGAACGAACCGGUCUCUAGCAGGUAUGGUCAUCUCCUUCUCUGGAACCUCAUCAGUCAAGGUUGGAGAAUCCUUCAAGUGGCGAGUCUUUGUGGUCAACAAAUCGGGUUCUGUGCGACGGAUGGCCAUGUACGUACAGCCCAAGGAGAGAUACAUUGACACCCAUGUUCUCGCUGGAGACAUCAUCCCUGUUGUCAAUAGACAGGCAUUGAAAGCUGCACAUAAUGCUGGUUCGCUGGAACCUACAGGUAUUCUGGCUCUUGCCAACGACAUCAAACUGGGCCCUCUAUCUCCUCACGAGUGUUAUGAGACCGAUAUAACAAUGGUGGCUCUUUCAGUUGGUAUAUUCUCUUUGGAGGGUGUCAAGAUUGUGGACACUGUUACUGGAGACAGUUAUGACUGUGGUAAGCUGAUGGAGGUUGUUGUUAGCGAGUAA